GGGCGUCGGGGCGGCCGCAUUGCGAGGGUGGACGCCGCGGACGCCGCGGGGCCUGCAACCUGCCAGUCUGCCAGACGUCUUAAUUAGAGAUACAUUUUUGCCUGAUCAUAGUUCUACAAAAAUCGGUAAGAACAUUAUGGAGGACUAUGAGAGGGGCGGAGGGUGGGGAGGAGGCCGCGAGGAUCACAGGGACGCAGGAGGACGAGGCGGAGGGACUCUUCAACGACUGGAUAGUAUCCAGGAUCCGGGGAAGCGAUACACCCUGAAGGACCGGAUCGGGUCCGGAGUCUGCGGUGACGUCUUUGAAGCGACGGAUUUACAGGCAGGAAACAAAAAGGUCGCUAUCAAAGUCCAGAAGCUGACCCAGGACACGCAGGCUCUGAUAGUCGAGGAGUACAGAGUGCUUCGCGACUUCGCCGGACACCCAAACCUACCCGAAUUUUAUGGAAUAUACCGGAGGAGGUCUGGUAAGAAAACGGAACCCGAUCAAGUGUGGUUCGUGAUGGAGUUCUGCGAGGGUGGAUCCGUGAUGGACUUGGUCAGAGGGUUGGCAGCCUCGGACAAAAAACUUAAGGAGGAACACAUCGGUUAUAUCUUGAAGGAAGUCGUUAAGGCAUUGCUGCAUCUUCACGAGAACAAUGUGGUGCAUCGAGACGUCCGCGGAAAUAACAUACUCCUCACAAAAAAUGGGGAGGUCAAAUUGGUGGACUUUGGAUUGUCUCGCAUGAUAAAAGGAGAGUUGGGUAAGAGGAAGACCUGUAUAGGAUCACCCUGCUGGAUGGCACCGGAAGUGGUCACCAGCAAAGACACACCGGAAACGGGGUACGGAAGCAGAGUAGACGUCUGGGCUAUAGGAAUAACCGCCAUUGAAUUAGCCGAUGGCAAACCACCGUUUCAAGACAUGCAUCCUAGUAGAGCACUCUUCCAAAUCAUAAGAAACCCACCGCCCAAUCUCUACAGACCGGCUAACUGGACACAGAAUUUCAACGAUUUCAUCGCAGAGUGCCUGGAGAAGAAUCCAGACAAUAGACCAUUCAUGGCAGAGAUAAUGGAGCACCCCUUCUUAUCAGAACUGCCGGAGAAUGACUAUCCGCUCGCCCAGGACUUGAAAGCCUUGGCCAUGGACUUCAGUGGAAAGGGACGACUUGACAGAAGACCGGAAGUUAUCGUUCGCACAGGACACCUUAAGACUCAUCAGACGGGACCUCUUGAGAAAAUGUUGGUUGAAGAUUUGGCAGCUCUGGAACACCUUUCGGAGGAUGCAAUCCUUGACGAGUUACAGGAGAGACUGAAGCUAGGAUACUUCCAGUCCUUUGUUGGCGAUGUCUUGCUAAUUUUGAAUCCAAAUGAGGAACAGGAUAUCUACGGAGCUCACUUCCACACAAAGUAUCAGUGCAAAUCUAGAUCGGACAAUGCGCCUCAUAUAUACGCGGUAGGAGAUAGCGCUUACCAAGACGUCCUGCACAACGAAGAGGGUCAGCACAUAAUAUUCGCAGGAGAAAGUUACUCAGGAAAGACGCGAAACAUGAUGCAUGUAGUGAGACAUUUGAUGUACUUGGGAAAGGGUAUGCAAGACGCGGGAGUCAGGGUCUUCAAGGCUAUCGAAGUAAUCCACGCCAUGAGCAACGCCGCGACACCAUUGAACCCGAAUUCAACUAGGUGCGUUCUCCAAAUCCAAACGACCUUCGGUACCACCGGAAAGGCAUCGGGUGCCAUUUUUAUGUUGUACCAAUUGGAGAAAUGGCGCAUAUCAACGCGCGAUAGAAAUCAAUCGAACUUCCACAUUUUUUACUACUUCUACGACGGUCUCGACACUGCGGGUCAAUUGCGCCAGUAUUCAUUGACCCCUGGACGGAGAUACAGAUAUUUGAGAAUCAGUGACAAGACUAGCGGCAACAAAAAGAGAUCGUUCAAAGUGAGAAACGACCCCCAUGGAAAUUCCAGAAAGUUUCAAGACUUUAAGGAGGCCUUGAAAAGUUUGGAAAUGGAAGCGGAAUCAGAAACGAUUUGGAAAACUCUGGCGGCGAUUUUAAUCCUCGGUGAGGUAAAAUUUGCCGAAGGGAACAACUCCGACGCUGAAAUCGAGAACAGUGACGUAGCAAGCAAAGCUGCUGAGUUGCUGGGGGUGGAUGUGAAAAAAUUCUCCUGGUCACUGACUAACUAUUGCCUGAUCAAAAAGGGGUCAGCAGUAAGAAGAAGACAUACUGUCGAGGAAGCCAAAGAAGCCAGGGAUGUGCUUGCGAAUACGAUCUAUCAAAGACUAGUUGACUGGACCGUCAAUAACAUUAACUACAAGCUCUCCGUAACCCGAACUUUGUUUGGCGACAAGUACUGUAUCAAUGUCCUAGACCUGUUUGGAUUUGAAUGCUUUGCGGUAAACAGAAUCGAGCAACUUUUCGCGAACACAAUGAACGAGCAGCUGCAGUGUCAUUAUAACCAGAGAGUAUUCGUGUGGGAAAUGCAAGAACAACAAGAAGAAGAAAUCCCCGUACAGCAGCUUCAUUUCUACGACAACCGCGAGGCCGUUGAACAGUUAAUGGGAAAGACUAGCGGACUAUUUCGCAUAAUAGAGGACGCUUCGCGACAGCUUCAGGACGCUCGGUAUAUUUGUGAGACCCUGAAAACGUCUGCGCAAGGAGUACACGUAAAGGGUCUCAGCAACCACGAGUUCAGCAUCGCCCACUACACGGGUAAACUCGUCUACGACGCCAGCGAGAUAUCGGAAAAGAACCGGGACUUUGUACCCCCCGAGAUGAUCGAAACUAUGAGGCUCUCGAGUGUGGAAGCGGUCGUUCAGAUGUUCACCAACCAGUUGACACGUUCCGGUAACCUGACAAUGAUUGUCCAGCAGCCUAAGCCACCGGAAAAAACUACGAAGGGAAAAUGGAGUGCAAUUUUACUGCAGGAAAACACCAAAACAAGGAAAUUCAACACUGCAUCGAGAGGGCAGUUUUCUCAGACCCGGAAGAUGCGCACUUGCUCUGCCACCUUCCGGUCUGCCAGUCUUGAGAUAUUGAAAACCUUGUCCGUCGGCGGAGGAAGCGGAGGUACGCAUUUCGUAAGGUGUCUCCGCUCGGACCUCGAAGGAGUACCCCGGGGAUUUUACAGGGAAGUUGUCAGACAACAGAUACGGGCUCUAGCUGUCCUUGACACCGCGAAAGCGAGACAACGCGGUUACCCGCACAGAAUACCCUUCCAAGAGUUCCUCAGGAGGUACAAGUUCCUUGCCUUUGACUUCGACGAGAACGUUGAAUUGACAAAGGACAAUUGUAGACUGCUUUUGGUGCGACUGAAGAUGGAGGGUUGGGUCAUCGGGAAGACGAAAGUUUUCCUCAAAUACUACAACGAGGAGUAUUUGUCGAGAUUAUACGAGACCCAGGUGAAAAAGAUCAUUAAGGUGCAGUGCAUGAUGAGAGCUUUCCUCGCGCGUAAGAGCAUGGCUUCGAAAAUUGUCAAUAUUAAGAAAACUGUUGUGAAGCAAGCCUCGAUAACAGCGAAGGAGAACAAGGAGAUGUCGCAGGAGGAUGCAGCUGUGAUGAUACAAAAAGCGUACAGGGGUCACUCGGUGAGGAAGCACCCCCUUCCGAAGGGGAACCUGAAGUCAGAUCAGUGGGAUCAGGAGACGAAGAACUUCGUGAUGUUCUACAGCAGCAAGUGGAGGUCGAAGAGCAUGUUCCAAGUCCUCCUACACUACCGUGCAGCCCGGUAUCAAGACCUCGUGCAUUUUUCACAGCAAGUCCACCUGUUCAAUCAAUCGAUGAUAGCCAAACUUCAGACAACGAGUGAGCGCGUACCCCUAGAAAGGAUUAACCCCGGAGUCAAAGCAUCGCUGUACCUUGGCGAGCGGCGUCUUACCGUGAACAAGCUGCCCUUCGACAUGAACCAAGAGCUUCCCUACUUCGACAGCAGCUACAUGAGCGAUCCAACGACAUCGUCCCGGAUAAACAAGCCUCGAGGAUCCAUGUCGACGCUCGCAUCUGAGGACGAACACGAGCCGUGGGACGCUCCUUUACGACGACAAACUGUACCCUGGGGGACUAACACCGUCCAUACUAGAGACGUCGAAGUUCAAACGACCAACUCACCGCACCGAGUGGUUCCCGCGCCAAUGACCGGGGGUCAAAGUUUGAUCAACACUCCGUUUUCCAGAGAUCCGAAUAUCCCCGUGAAGUGUCCUCCGGCCGAGGUUCAACCAGCAAAACCAACUCGAGGCUAUCCAGGGCCCAGCAGCGCUCCUAACCCUACAAGGGCUAGAGUAAAUAAUGCAGAUUUAAAUCAAGGGUACAGCGGUGGAAAUGACGGCACAGGGUCAAUCCGUUCUAGAAAAAAGGUACCUCCUCCCCCAAUACCCCAAAAUCAGAAACCUUUGAAUAAUAAUUACGGUUCGGAGAUGAGAUCAGGAAAUUUGGAUAGUGGCUACAACAACGAAUGGGAGUUCGAAGACAGAAUGAACAGAAAUACAGUUAGCACUAAUCGAGUAAACCCAAUCCACGAAAUGCAAAUGAUGGCGCGAAAAAAUAAUAAUAACUACACAGACGACGAACCACCGUUCAAUUUUCAGGGGAUGUUAAGAAAGACGCAACACCAUAGAGCAUCGAUGAAACGUUCUCAAAUAUACAACAGUCAUACACCAUCGCCGCCUCCGUACAUGGGGCAUAAUUCCUCGACUCGCGACGACUCGUACGGUAACGGUAACGUCGUCUACAGGAGUAGCGGGAUGAGCUUUAGUCACAAUAGACGCGAAUCUCCGGAAUGGAGUCCGAACGAGAUGGUUCGGAUGUCCGAAAAGUACGGGCGAGAGGACGGCUGGGACAGAGAUGAAAGAGAGAAUGUUCUGGACGCCAGCGAGAGUAUUACAACGGAAAUAGCGCCUGGUAUCAUAGUCGAAGGCUACGUGGCCGAUUUAUAAACAAUUUUUAUUUUCUAUCAAUUUUUUAUCUUACGUUCGAUCCACCUUUUGUCAUCGUUUCGCGACCGUGAACAACGCAACAACGGAACUUUCGUAAAUCCAUGUGUAUGUCAUCGUAAACUUUAUCGAUAAACAAAAGAAAAUAGACAUAU